CUGGUGCUUGUAUCCACUGAGCCACCUAGCUGCCCUAGGAUUUUUAAAGUUGAGUGAUUGGUACUCCACCUCCCCCAAGUCAAGAGGCUCAUUGGAUUGACCAUAUUAGCCUAGAAUGGCUUAUGGGGUGGGGUGCUGUGAGCAAUAAAAUUCUCCAUCUUCAGAAGAAUAUUAAAUAACAUUUUUCAAGAAAGAUAAACAUGUUCACUUCUAGGAUUUAUACCUUAGUUUUAGUGAUGAAACCUCAGCACAUUCUUUUAGGAAUGAAGAAACGUGGCUUUGGAGCUGGGAGGUGGAACGGCUUUGGGGGGAAAGUGGAAGAUGGAGAGACUAUUGAAGAAGGAGCCAAGAGGGAGCUACUGGAAGAGAGUGGACUGACCGCAGACACUCUGCAGAAGAUAGGAAAAAUCACAUUUGAAUUUGUAGGUAAUACCGAGUUAAUGGAUGUGCACAUCUUUAAUGUGGAUAGUUUUCAUGGAACUCCAAAAGAAAGUGAUGAAAUGCGCCCCCAAUGGUUCCAGUUGGAACAGGUUCCCUUCAGUGACAUGUGGCCAGAUGACAGCUACUGGUUUCCACUAAUGCUCCAAAAGAAGAAAUUCCAUGGAUAUUUCAAGUUCCAAGGACAAGACACCAUCCUAGACUACACACUGAAUGAAGUAGAAAUUGUCUGAAGAGAGAGACAUCAGUGCCAUUAACACAUGACAUACUUGAGCCCAUACAGGCUAGGGAACCUUUGUUUCAGCUGUGGGUAAUUUAGGCAGGGGGUUCACUGUCUUUAGUUUUUAAGGCAAUUUAAUACUCAGUAUUUGUUUGGGGAGCAAGAGGAAGCUGUAAGACCAGAAAUUUUUUUUGUAAUUGUACAUAUGUCACAUAAUAAGGACCCCCACUUCCCCUUGAUAUGGUCUAGGAAUCACAAAUACAUUUUGGUUCUAAGGGAGAAGUGACAAGUGUGGGGUGAUUCACAGUACAGCACUUGCCAGUAAAGUGUGCAUUAGCCCACACUAGGGGGCAACAGCCACUACAGAAAAGUGGAAUGUUUUCAGAUUUUCUGGAAACACAAGUCUUUUUCUUUUCUGUUGAAGAUUCUGACAAAUAAUGGAAAAUAAUGACAUGUCUUGUGAUUUGCAAAAUGCUGACUGGAUUCUUACUGGCCUUACUAAAUUGAGAGAUUAUUUCAAAAUCAUCCCUUUGAAUUCAUAUACUGAGCCGGUCAGAAUCUUUCAUUCUUUAAGGAGAAAAUAACUCUCUGCUUCUUCACAUGGUGAUCUUCCCUCAUUUAAUUCCAGUAAUAUCUUACCAGAUUAUAAAAGUAAUAAUAAUAAUAUGAGCACACAUUUACAAAGCUUUUUUAUAUUUUACAAAUCAUUUUCACAAACAUCUUAUUUUAUCUAAGUCACCCUAAGAUGUGCCUCUAUUUUACAUGAAGAAACUGAGGCUACAGAGGUUGAAUGACUUGCCUGAGGUCAUAGGGUUCACAGGUGGUAGAGCCAGCUGUAAGAACUUGGGUCUGUAUCCUAGCCUGGUGCUCUUUCCAAUGCCCCACACUGCCUCAACAUAGUUCUACAAAAGGUAGGCAAGCAGAGAAAGUCAGCCACACACAGUAACUGAAACCUUUUACAAAAACAUUUAAUAGCAUUUGUUCAUAUAUAUAUAUGUUUUAUUGAUAAAA